AAGCUUUCGAUUUUCUCUCUCUACCAUAUCUUGUUCGGUCUUUCACAGAAUCACCAUGGCCGAAACCUCACCACCACCACCGCCACCCAGAGCAACGGUGGCGCAAAACUCAGCAUCGACAGAUCCUGAGGCUUUAGAAUACUGGUGUUAUCAGUGUGACAAACGAGUCUCAAUAGAAACCGUAACAGAUCUUCCUGAUAUUAUCUGUUUUGAAUGUAAAAACGGAUUCGUUGUUUCAAUCCCAUCUGCUCCUGCAGCUCCUCCAACUCCUCCUAGAUCUUUAAAUCGAAGUCAUGAUUCAUCUUUCAGUAAUCAAUUUCUUCAAGUACUUAGAUUGAUGGCUCAAGCUGCUCGUGUUGAUGAUUAUCAUUCUCUUUCACCGCCACAACAACCGCCAUUAACAACCACGACGACGACAACAACAGAUCCAGUAGCAGAUCCGUCUGAAUCGGAUGAUUUCCUUCGUAUCGAACUUGAUGGAUGGGAACAUGAUGAAGGAGAUGACGAAAUUGAAUUUGGUAACACGGAAUUUGAUAGAUCUGAUUAUGAAUUUGAACACGAGGAAGAAGAAGAAGAAGAAGAGGAUGAAGAUGAGAACGAUAACGAAGAUGUUAAUGAUGAGGAGCCUCCUCAUCAAGAUGAAGAUGAUCGUAGAAGACGUCGUGAGAUUCUUCGACUGCGAAUCAGAGAUAUUGCUUCCCGCACAGGCAGUGGAAGUGGAAGGAAUCGAAUUCUUGAUUGGUCUGAAAUUAUGAUGGGAUUAGUAGAUAACGCUGUUGAAUUACGAGUUGAAAUGUUAGAUUCAUCUGAUGGAUAUAUAGGUAAUCCAGAAGAUUAUGUUGAUGCAGCAGGAUAUGAAGCUUUAUUACAGAAUUUAGCAGAAACUGAAGGAAGUGUGAUUAGAGGAGCACCACCAGCAUCAAAAUCAGCAGUAUUAGGAUUAGAAGAUGUGGUAAUUGGAGUAGAAGAAGAAGGUUUAGUCUGUGCUGUAUGUAAAGAAUCAAUGCCUGCUGGUGAAAAAGCAAAGAAAUUACCUUGUGAGCAUAGUUACCAUGGUGAUUGUAUCGUUCCUUGGUUGAGCACAAGGAAUUCUUGUCCAAUUUGUAGGUUUGAACUACCUACUGAUGAUCUUGAAUAUGAAGAAGAGAAGCAGAAGAAGAUAAAGAAAUCAGUGUCUGUUUCUAAUUCCGGCUGUGGUGGUCGUGGUGAAACUUCUGGGUCCAAUUCUGUAUCAGAUUAGUCGGGAAACUGGUAAUUACUGAAUGCUUAAUCUUGAUUUCAAUUCGAAUUAAGAAAACCAAAUGAAAAUAAGACUUAUUAUGAGAUUUAUUAUGUGCUCAUUUUUAUGUUCUCGUCAAUGUAAAUAUUAUGUUUCUCUUUAUAAUUUGUCUUGUUUUGCUGACAAUGAGAAAACCCUUGAAUGAAAUAGUACCUGUAUGCAAUCUACCAUUUACAUUUUUGUUGCA